CUUAUAAAAAUGUCAAAUAAUUUGGCGGAAAAUAAUUCUUCUGGAGGAGUAUUCUUUUGUGGGAAGCUAAAUGAGCUUAAGGUACAAAUCAUGGAACUUAACCAAAAGUUGGCCGCAACUACAGAUGAAAAUGAAGAACUUAAAACAGAGAAUUCUGGCUUAAAAGAGAAGUUUACUAAAAGUGAAACUGAAUAUAUGAAACUAGAGGCAGCUUUUAAAGGAUUAGAGAAAGAUAUGGAUAAGCUAAAGAAUGACUUAGAAGGAACCCAAAAUGAUUGAGAAGAAUUAAAAAUACAGAAGGAUCAGUUGAACACUCUUCUUGAAAAUACUAAAGCUAAAAAUUUGCUUUCUCAAGGUAAUUUAGAAAAGAAGAACUUUGAAAUAAAUGAAUUGAGAGAAAAGUUAAAGGAUACUGAAAUUGAUAAACUUGAGAUGGAAAGAGCUCACAAUCAAUUGGAAACAAGCUAUCUAACCCUUCAGGAUACCUGAAGUUCCUUAAAAAAAACUAUUGAAACUUUGACCAAGUCCCGUGAUCAGAAAGAUAAGCAUCUUGCUAUUAUUCAUAAGGAAAAUGAGCGGUUACAUAAGAAGCUAGAGAUGGCAGGUGAUGCUAAAACAGAAGUUAUGGCAGAGAAUUAUGAGCCUAAUGUAGAGAAGAAAGAAGUUAAGAAAACAGUGAAAACAACUCAGAAGAAAAUCAUUUAUAAGCCGUUGGGCCAUAUAACAGGUUUGACUAAAGAGAGUUCAGACACCUACUCGAAACAGAAGAGAGCGAAGCUUAAGCAAUUAGCGAAGUUGAAAAAUACAAAAUAG